AUGAAAACAAAUGAAAAACAAUUACACUUUAAUAAAUCAAGUUCAGCAUAUUUUUUAUCAAAAAAGAAUAUUUUCUCACCAAAUGAAGAAAGUCAUUCUAUCAAUGAAAAAGAGUUCCAUGAACAUCUUAAAGAGGAGAACAUAUAUAAACAAAAAAAUAACACAAAAAAAAAUGAAGAGAAAAACAUAUUAAACCAAAAUAUUGGAGAUAAAACUAUGAAUUUGAAAAACAAAAAUAAAGAAAAAAUUACAAAUGAAAAAAGCAAUAGAAAAGAGAAAAAUACAAAUCCAAAAAAAAAGGAAAGAGGAAUAAAUAACAUUUCUAACAACAAUACUGAUAAAAAAGAUAACUCUAGUAUAAAAGUUUCAUCGCCAAAUAUUCUUGAAAGCAAUAAAAAUAACUGUGAUUAUAAUUUAACAAAAAAAAAAAACCUAAACAAAACUACAAACACAAAAAAGAAUGUAUUAAAUAAAUCUAAAACAGUGGAAAAUAAGCUAAAAGCAAAAAGUAGUUUUAAUAACGAAAUAAAAAAAAUUCAUAAUAGAAGUAGAACAAAGAGAGUUAAAAGUAUUCAAAACAUUGUAGAUAAUACAGAAAUGGGGUAUAAAACAACGCAAUUUAAACUAUCAGAUUAUUCAGAAAAUGAUAGCAAUUUAGAAAAUCUUUCCGUAGAAUAUGUGGUAGAUAAAGAAGAAAAAAUAAAAAAUAUAAAAGAAAAAACUUUACAAAAAUAUAAUGAUUUGAUUGAAACAUAUACUAAUAAUAUAAAAACAUUAAUUAAUAGUAAUUCUAACGACAAUCUAAAAAUAGAAUUUAAUAGAGAAACUAUAUUUAAUUUCUUGAAAAUAACAUAUAAAUAUUCAGAUUAUAACUAUUCUGUUACUUGUGCAAUACUUUUAUUGUUAGAUAGAUUAAAUAAUCCUGAAAUUGAAUUGACAGAAAAGGAAAAAGAAGGUUUAGAAAAUGCUUUAAGAGCAUAUAGUUACCAUUCUAUAAUUUCAUAUAAAUAUACCUUUAAAGCCUAUCAUAAAAAGGAUUCCAUAAUAGAACAAAAAGUAAAUUCCAAUCUACAAUUAAAAAAAAAUAUAUGUAAAAAUAUUAGACAGAAAAUAAAAAUCCAUUUUCUUUUAAAUUGUGAAAUAAUAAUAAAUCUUAUAAAUUGUAUUUUGUAUACAAUAAAUGAGGAUCAAAAUAAAAUUUAUUAUAUUUAUUUAAAUGGAAAUCAAUAUAAAAUAAUAUCAGAUAUAACUGAAACUGGUGUGAAAUAUAAAUAUGAACAUUUAGCUCAAGAAGCGUAUAAAAAAGCUUUAGAUUUAGGAAAAAAAUAUAUGCAGCCAACAGAUGUAAAUUACUUGAAUUUAGCAAGUAGUUACAUCUAUUUUUUAUAUUUUAUUUUAGGAUAUGAACAAAAGGCGUUAAAUUUGUGCAUAGAUAUAUUUGACAAAUCAUCCAACUUACUAGAUAAAAUAGAAGAUCACGAAAAUGUAGAUAAAUGUUUACAAUUAUUAAGUAAAAUGAGAUAUAAUAUAAAACGUUGGUCAAAGAAACUAAACAAAAAUAGUAUUUUAUUUUUAACUUUUUAA